GUUACUGAAAAAAAAUUAUUUAGUUCCAUCCACUUGAGCAAGAACACUUGAACAUUAUAGGAAAACAGUUGCUUGAAAUACUGAAAUGGAUGCCACAGAAUUUCGGAAAAGAGGAAAAGAGAUGGUGGAUUACAUUGCAGAUUACAUCGAGAAGAUAGAGGAGCGACAGGUCUAUCCUGAUGUAGAGCCAGGUUAUUUAAGAGCCCUUAUUCCAGAGUUUCCUCCUGAAACACCUGAGAGAUUUGAAGACAUCCUUAAAGAUGUUGAAAGGAUAAUUAUGCCUGGGGUGACUCAUUGGCACAGUCCUUACUUCUUUGCCUAUUUUCCUACUGCCAACUCUUUCCCAGCUCUUUUGGGUGAUAUGUUAUCUGGGGGCAUAGGAUGCAUUGGAUUUUCAUGGGCAUCAAGCCCAGCUUGCACCGAAUUGGAAACAGUCAUGCUGGAUUGGCUAGGAAAGAUGAUCAAUUUGCCUCCACAAUUUCUGGCUGAGAAGGAUGGAGAAGGAGGAGGGGUAAUCCAGGGAACUGCCAGUGAAGCUACCUUGGUUGCCAUGCUGGCAGCUCGAACCAAAGCGAUUCAUCGUAUUCAGUUAGACAAUGAAAAUUUGACUCAAGGAGAAAUCAUUAGUCGACUGGUAGCUUAUACUUCUGAUCAAGCUCAUUCAUCAGUUGAAAAGGAUGUCUUGAUUGCUGGAGUGAAAAUUAAACAAGUUCCCACAGAUGAUUCAUUUUCUGUCCGUGGAUCAACUCUAAGAAAAGUGAUAGAUGAAGACAAAGCUGCUGGUCUUAUCCCAUUCUUUUUGUGUGCAACUCUUGGAACAACAACAUGCUGCUCCUUUGACAAUCUGCUAGAACUGGGUCCUAUUUGUAAUGAGGAGAAUAUUUGGAUGCAUAUCGAUGCAGCCUAUGCUGGGAGUGCUUUCAUCUGCCCUGAAUUUCGUUAUCUUCUCAAUGGAGUAGAGUAUGCAGAUUCAUUCAACUUCAACCCUCAUAAGUGGCUCCUAAUCAACUUUGAUUGUUCUACUAUGUGGGUGAAGAAGAGAUUGGAUUUAACAUGUGCCUUUAAAAUAGAUCCUGUUUACUUGAAGCAUGAUCAUGAUGAAUCUGGAUGCAUUACAGAUUACAGGCACUGGCAGAUUCCUUUAGGUAGAAGAUUCCGUUCUCUGAAAAUGUGGUUUGUGUUCCGAAUGUAUGGUGUGAGUGGAUUACAAGAAUACAUCCGCAAGCAUGUUAGGAUAGCACAUGAAUUUAAGGACUUGGUGCUACAAGAUGAUCGAUUUGAAAUUUGUGCUGAUGUCAUACUGGGAUUGGUAUGCUUCCGAUUAAAGGGCAGCAAUGAACUUAAUGAAGUGCUUCUUAAAAACAUAAAUGAUGCUAGGAAAAUUCAUCUUGUUCCAUGUCAUCUGAGAGGAAAAUUUGUGCUGCGUUUUGCAAUUUGUGCCCGCACAGUGGAAUCUUCUCAUAUCCAAUUUGCCUGGAAGAACAUCACAACAAUGGCAAGUGAGCUUCUGAAAACACAAAAACAGAGUACUGACUAAAAGACAAAGGUUGGAUUCAACACCAAAUGUAAAGGAUAAUAUGAAUUCUAUCAUGUCUGAUACUUGUCUGAUAUUAUCAGGAACAUACAGUGCUAUAAUUAGAUUGAGUGGGUUUAUAGAUAAAAGUGUAAUACUAAUAAUCUUCAUUUAAUGGCCACUUGUUCAGUAAACACUUGAAUUUGUGAUAGCAUGCACUGAAUGGUAGUUAUGAGUGAUUCUUAUUUUUAUGCCUGUCACAGUUUCUUAUGCUCAUGUGAUUGCUAUUUGCAAUCUUAUUUGCCUGCUUCUGACAAUCAAAGUUCAUCGAGAAACUGGCAGGAAGUUGCAAAUAGUGACAUGUGACAUCCUGGCUUAACAAUCUGUAGUUAUUUUCAUAACAACCAGAACACCAGAAACGCUAUUGCUAAAUAGUACAGUUAUGUGAUAUCAAGCUUUAUUACAAUGCUGCUUAGUAACAAAUUCUGGUUCCAAUUAUUGUUGUUAAGGGAGGAUUACCAAUAAUGGCUAUUAGUGUUCAGCGACCGAAUUCCAAAAACCUUAUCAUUGUUCCAAUAUGUACAAACCUACUGUAAGCCCUGACAGUUAUAAUCUUCUCCUGUUUGGCCCCAACAUUUUCUAGGUCAUGGUUAUUGGCAGAAUAUUGCCUGUAAUAAUCUGUCUUUUUAGGCCAGUGAUGAUGCCUUGUGGCAGAUGAUACCAAAUCAUAAAGAUCAGAACUAUCGGAUAAAAGUUUGCUCAGCUAGAAGACUCUGUUGUCACUUGUUGCAUUUCAGCAAAUUAAAAUAUGACAUUUGGAGGGAUGGUAGACAGUGCUAUAACUUCUUUUUUGAUAACAUUCACCUUACCUCUGAUAUUGCAAUUUUCAUGUCAGCCUUUUAAUAUUUUCAUUUUCAGGUUUUUCCUUUCUAGCAUUCCUUUUUUCUUUUUGAUGAAGAAAAAAGGUUUUCUGAGGAAAAAAACCUGGGUUUUAUUGCUACCACUUUUUAACUUCAGUUAUUUAAACAAAUAGGCUUUUAAUGAACUGAAAUUAUUUGAAGACCAUUUAUUUGAUGAAGAACCUUUUCAUCCAACAAAUGUGAAUGACAAUUGGCGUAAAAUGAUACAAAUAUUAAUAGCUCUCUCAGUCGUGGCAUAUAUAAGUGGCAUAUAAACAUAAAUUUAAUACAUAAAUAAACUCAAGUCUAGCACCCUGAUUCUAAUUGAAUUACAAUAUUAUUGCAAGUUAAUGUUGCUGUGUAAUCUUCUUGAAGUAAUUGUGCCUUGCAUUAUACACAUUAUGUGACAGAUACUGAUUUAAGAUUUCUACUGUUAUAUAAUCAAAUGUACUAGAAUGUAUUUUUUCUGUAAAAAUGCUUAUUUAUUUAAAUUUGUUAACUUUGUGAAUACUUGUUUAGUGCCUCUAGAAUGUUUCCACUAAAUGAGAUCUUAGGGCUUGCUUGAUUCUCUAGAGCAAUGGUGUCAAACUCAAAUAAAUAUUAAGUUUAAAAACCACAUUUAUCUAUUUUUUUAAUUAAUAUAUCAACACAUUGUAAUCAAAUAGGGAUUAAAUAUAACUAAUACAUUAAAA